AUGUGGCAUCUGAUAUAUCAACAUGUCAAAUCUGCUGGUGUCUCAGAAACUGGCAACAAGCUGUCUGAGAGACUGACCGGAGAGGACCAGGUGAACAGGAGUGGCACAUCAUCUGACGCGGAUGCUGAUGCUGAUGAUAGUGAUGCAAGCAGCGUAACAAGUGAGCUUACUGAGAGUGAUGCCAUUAAGCUAGUAAAAGAGGCCAUCAAUGAUAUCCUUAAUGUGCCACAAGACGUCGAAGAUGAACUAACUCCAAGCAAUAAAACAACUACUUCAGAAGGUCAAAGCAUAGAAGUAGAAGAAAAUCCAAAGAAAAGUCUAUCCAGGGGCUACAGCAAGCUGAGAAAAAUUAUCAUCUGCAAUAAAUUCAUCAAGGCAAUGGAAAAGACCCGGAAUUUCUACCCACAAACUAGUCGAACCUUAAAUUCUGGUUCAGAACCUAGAAACAGUCAUCUGACGAAUUGUGCAGUGGGUGAGAGAAAAGGGAUGGAUGAGUGGAUGCUUGAUAACGUAUUGCAGAAAGUUAUCGCUGGACUUGCUCCAGUACAACAAAAAAGAGUAUCCUUAUUGGUUAAAGCCUUUGAAAAAGUCAACCCAGAUCCAGAAGAGAGGGCAAAAAGACUCAUUUACACUAAAACAGAAUUUCCUGAUACUAGUUCCUCAGAAGGGAAUACAAAAGAAAUGGAGAAAGCAGUACCAUCAGAUUCUUCACAUAACUCGGAACUUCCUGGUGACAUUCACCUCAAGCUAGAUAGAUCACAAAAUUCCAGCUCAGAAGUAGUCACAGAAAGGGUUCUACAAGAAUCCUGUAAAGACGAAAGUCCUGGCUUGACUAGAGAAUGCGCAUUGAAUGGACAAAGUUGUAGUAGUGGUGAUCCUUCUGAUAUUAAUGCAGCAACAUCCGAUCCGAUCAGUAAUCUCUCAGAAACUAAUAAGGACCCAACAGAAAUUGAUGCUACAAAUGCACCAGGUGUUCCACCAGAGGAAAGGAAAAAUUCUAAGGAUGAAGCAGGUGCACAGGUUGAGGAGAAAACUUUGCUUGAAGAACAAGAGGUUGAGAAUACAGAAUUAACGGCUAAAUCUUCAAAGAAGCCUCCACAGCCUGAAGACUUGGAAGAUGAGUGGAAUUACAGUGUACAAAAUAGUAGAUCCUUAGAAAAGCCUACAGGGCUGUGGGGCCUAAUACUGCAGCAUGUCUCAGUUGAUAUGUUGGAGAAAAAUGAAUCCCCAAAAACAAUUCAAAUUGAUGCAAAUGUACAGGUGGGCAGCAGUAGCACUGAGGUUUCAGAUAGCAAAACAGAUGAUUCUUCUCAGCUUUCAUCUAGAGUCAAAAGUUGCAGGGAUAUGGGUGUUCAAACUCCAACAAGCUUUGAGUUUGAAGAAAAUGAAGCAAUAAAGCUGGUAGAGGAAGCAGUAGAAGAAAUCCUUCUUCUCCAGGACCAGAUUUGUGAUACGGAAUCAAUAACCAGUGGCAUAACUUCAGAGAAAGGAGUCUACGGUGAAAACAAAGGAGAAGCCAUUGAUCCCUCGCUUGCUGCCACAGAAAUUGCAGGUGUUGCAACAUCACUUAAUACUGAUGCAACUCUAGAAGAAAAGAAAACAUCGUCAGAAGAAAAUGUACCUACCAGCUAUAGCACACUUUCCAAAGUUGUUAUGUGCAGAAGAUUUGUCAAGGCAAUGAACAAAAUGCGGAAGCUUAAAGCACUGCAUGUUCAAGACCUUUCUCAGCCACCUCAAUCACAAGGAGAAGGUAAUCCUUCAUUGCGACAAAUUUCAACCAGGGACAAGGCAAGUUGGGAGGAAGGGAUGCUUGAUAACGCACUGCAGAAAGUUAUAGGAAACCUUGCUCCAGCAAAGAAGCAACGAGUAGCACUGCUUGUUCAAGCUUUUGAGACUGUUGGUUCACUGCCUGAACCAACAAACAGCUGGAGAGGUAAAGCAUCAGUCUUAUAA